UUCGCCUUCCCCUGAAAAGAUAUAUGGAGGAAUUGGAUCGGGGGGCACAACAAACAGCAGUGCUUAGCCAGCUGCUAACAUUCGAAGCGAUCAUCCCUGAUAGCCACUGAUACAUAAGGGAAAUGAAUAUUUUAGCACCUUUUUACCGGGCUCUCAGCCCUGUGUGUACAAGGCAACUUGGCCGAAGAACUCGGCUGUCAGGGUGCGGAAUGUGCGGAGCGGCUUCUGAUCGCAAGGUCCAGCCAGGCUUUGGCCUCCUGUUUGAUAUCGACGGUGUUCUCGUCAGGGGAAGGACACCGAUCCCUGCUGCAAAGAAGGCCUUUCAGAAACUGGUCAACACCCAGGGACAGUUUGUGGUGCCCGUCGUGUUUGUUACAAAUGCUGGGAAUGUUCUCCGCCAGACUAAGGCAGAUCAGUUGUCUCAUCUCCUGGGAGUGCCUAUUUCUCAGGACCAGGUCAUGAUGUCGCACAGCCCUCUAAGGAUGUUCAAAAAGUUCCAGGAGAAGUGUGUGCUGGUAUCAGGACAGGGCCCAGUGUUGGACAUUGCCAAGAAUUUAGGCUUUAUGAAAGUGGUCAGCAUUGACAUGCUCCGGGAAGCCUUUCCACUGCUGGACAUGGUGGACCACAACAGACGCCCCAAACUUCCAUCUUCCUCCAUUGCUAAUCUUCCCAAGGUUGAAGCUGUUAUUCUCUUUGGGGAGCCAAUUCGAUGGGAGACGAACUUGCAGCUUAUCAUCGACAUCCUCCUGACCAAUGGGAACCUGAGCAGUGUUCAUCAGAACCAGAAGUUCCCGCACCUUCCCCUGCUGGCCUGCAACAUGGACCUCAUGUGGAUGGCAGAGGCACAGUCUCCACGAUUUGGUCAUGGAACCUUCCUGGUCUGUCUGGAGAACAUCUAUAAGAAGAUAACAGGAAAGGACCUGAAGUACGAGGCUCUAAUGGGGAAGCCUAGUGAGCUGACCUACCACUAUGCUGAGUACCUGAUCAGAGAGCAGGCUGCACAGAGGGGCUGGAGGACCCCCAUCACAUCCCUGUAUGCUAUUGGGGACAACCUCAUGACCGACAUCUAUGGUGCUAACAUGUACAACCGCUACCUCGAGGAGAGGAGUGCUAGGAAGAGCUCCAAGGCCGUGGCUAAGGUGGCAGCUGGCAACCGGUCCUCUGCCACGCUGCCCCAGGAGGACGACAUGGACAAUGCCUGGGAGAGCGAGCUGGCACCCCCCUCUGCCACCUCCUGCAAAUCCAUCUUGGUCUGCACUGGUGUUUACAACCCCCGCACUGAGGUGCCGCCAGAUGCCAACCAGGCCAUCAAAGAGACUGUGUUCCAUGGGCACCGCGACUUCCGCUUUGACCCCGCACUAGUGGAACCAGGUCACAUCGUGCAGGAUGUGGACGCAGCCGUGGAACUCAUCUUCCAGCAAGAGAACUUUUUGAUCCAAUAAUGCUUUUGGAGGAGGCCAUUCGAAUCCUCUUCAGAUUAAGGUGUGAAAUAAUUUUAGACCAUCACCAAGUCAGCAGUAAAGUGCCAAUACACAAGACAAUGUAUGUGCACAUUCAUCCAGAUGGAUGAUUUUUAAAUUAUGCAACAACCCCAGAGUAUCCAGAAGGAAUAUCUAGACCUAUGAUUUCAGGGCAUUGAAGCAGCUCCUUAAAGUUCAUCUGGAACUUUCUGAAGAUGUACUAAAAAUCUGUGGUGCAGUUUUAAUGGGCUGGAAAUCCCACUCUCCACAAAAGGCUUCAGCUCCAUCCUCAGCAAGUAUGUUCUGUGUCAAGCGCAUAGAAGUUGAGCACAUGAACACCUUGCACUACGUGAUUCUGUGAUAUCCUCCAUCAGGUCCAAAAAUGUAAGAUAGAGUAUUGAAGGCAAGAAUAUAUUAAUGACAAUGUGUUCUAAUGUUCAAUUGUAAUUAAUAGUACAUAUUUUACUGUAACUUCUUACAUUAAUGGUUCACAUUAACUUUACCAGUACAUGGUAUGAUGAUACUUUUUACAUUUUAUUAAUUCGUUUUUAUUUCCAAUGUUUGUUGAAUUUAUGGAGCCAAACUCUGUAAUUACUGCUCUGUAAUGUUUGAAAUAUUGUUUUUAAUGUCAUUUUGAGCCAGUUAUUUCAGAUUCUGUGAGAAAUUUGUUACAGUAAUAACUAGUGGAAGAGGUCAACACGCCAAACAACAAUCUGACAAUCUGAAAUAACCUAUCCUUUUAUUUUUUAAAUGGAUAUUUUUCUUCCAUAUAGCAGAGAAUGAGGAAACUGUAGUGACUGGUAAUAUUUUCUGUGCAAUUGUCUUUUUAUACAUGUGUUCAAUGUUGUGAUAUCAUGAAACAAUAUCCGGAGGGGCAAGUCCAAUACUGACUAAAACCACAGAUGGUGAAACCUUGGGAAUGGUGACAAAAAGUGUUAUUGUUGACCUAGCUGUUGACGCUUAUAGAACUGAACUGGGUACGUUAAAUUUACAUGCAUUUUUUGUGCAAUUAUUCUGUUUAUCGGACAGUUGGUUUUGUGUUCCCACAAUACAAUGACAUGCUGUGUACAAAUUCAGUAUUGUUUUAUCUCUUAAAAUGUACAAAGUGACAUGGUAUUUGCCACUUCAUCAGCUGGUUUUACAUUGUCAAUGCACAAAUGGGAAUACUCACUCCAACUCAUGCACAUAUUGUAGAUUCUGUAAUUAUUUUGGUUCAUUCUAUUCUGUAGAGAUUACAUGUAGUAAAAUCACUUUGUCUGUGAGACUGAUGGUGCAUAUGCAAAAUUAGAUUAUAACAUUAAGAAAUUACAUGCAUUAUUUAUUUUUAUUAACAUUUGAGAAGUAUGCUAGAAAGUAUUUUUAAAUUGAAAUGUUCUGUUAUUAAAAAAAAGUACUGCCUCAGACUUGAA